AAGAAAUACCCAUCUACCAUGGUGACGACCGGACAGCUUAACAGCGCCUUGUCUGCUUGUGGCUACGGCCCAGUCGAUACAAGUGUUGCCAACGUUAUUGUCAACCAGAUCAACAAUAUGACUGGUAGUAUCAACGAAGCAGCCAUGUUCCUGGCUCAGCUGAUUCACGAGAGCGGAGGAUUCCAGCAUCGUAGAGAGAUCAAUGGACCAGCCCUGAGCUACGCCCCUUACUACGGCCGUGGCUAUAUCCAGUUGACCCAUGAUUACAACUACCGAGCAGCUUCGAUGGCACUCUUCGGUGAUGAGCGACUAAUCAAUAACCCUGAUAUGGUGUCCGACAGUGUGGAAAUGUCGAUGCGCGUUUCGGUUUGGUUCUGGGAGGCGAGAGUUCGUCCCGAAGGAGGACCUUCGAGCAACAACUUCGGACUGACCACCAAGGCGAUCAACGGAGGUUUGGAGCCGCCUGGCAGUGACCUAGCGCGUAGGCGAUUCAGUCUCUAUGUUCAGGUGGCUAAUGCUCUUGGAGUCAGUAACAUAAAUGUCCCAAGUGGAGGAUAACGUGCCUCUGGAACCGGCCUUGUGAUACCAGUAACAUAGCACCGUAUUGAUAUGCGAGUGAAAGCGGAAGUUCCAAGCAUAAAAUACGCAUAAUACAAUUUCGAAGUUUUGAAUGAAGUAUUUGAAGCAUUA